AUGCGAACCAAUGUUAAAGAGAUGAUUAGUAUUAGCCGAGCAAAUUUCUUUGACUCCCUUGAAGAUAACUUUCUGUCAAACCCAAAGAGAUUCUGGUCGAUAUUUAAACUUAGCAGCAAAAAGUCUAGAAUUCCUGAAACCAUGUCACUUGGAAAGGAUGAUGGGUACAGUACUACAGUGCUCAGUCCCAAAUUCGCUCCGUAUCCACCCCUCCUACUAUCUCGCAAAUUUUUAAUUAAUGACUACUUUGCGUCUGUCUUCAACCGCACUGAAUUGGAAGAGCAUCUGUCCUCGCCUCUUCUUACGUCUAUAACUCCAGACCACGCUCUUUCUGAUAUUUCCUUAACAACCGAGGAAGUUCUAAAUAAACUUCUAGCUCUCGACCCCGACAAGGCCACACUCAAAGAGACUGCACAACAGAUUGCACCAUCACUGACCGAGCUUUUUAAUAUCACUCAGCUGUGGCGUUUUUUCUGA